AUGGCCGAGCCAAGAAACAUCCAUGAGUUGAAAAGUCUGCAAGGGAAGCUGGCGUAUCUUAGGAGAUUCAUCUCAAAUCUAGCAGGGAAGUGUCAGCCGUUCAGUCGUCUCAUGAAGAAAGGUGCUCCUUUCGAAUGGGAUCAAGCUUGUGCCAACGCCUUUGAGAGCAUCAAAUCUUACUUGACGAAACCUCCAGUUCUAGCGGCUCCUGUGCAUGGAAAGCCAUUGAUACUAUACAUAUCGGCACAAGAAAGGUCAGUUGGAGCACUCUUAGCCCAAGAGAAUAGCGAAGGGAAAGAAAAUGCCCUUUACUACUUGAGUAGGAUGAUGACGCCAAAUGAGUUGAAGUAUUCGCCGAUUGAAAAGUUGUCAAACCCCAUCAAAUUUGUGAUGUCGAAACCUGUCCUUAGUGACCGACUAGCAAGGUGGUAUCUCCAAUUUCAACAAUUUGAGAUUGUGUACGUUCCUCAAAAAGCUGUGAAAGGGCAAGCAUUGGCGGACUUUUUAGCAGAUCAUCCGAUACCCGAUGACUGGGAAUUAACUGAUGAACUACCCGAUGAGGAUGCGAUGGUCAUUGAAAUUCAACAACCUUGGAAGAUGUAUUUUGAUGGUGCCGCACAUCGCGAAGGAGCUGGCGCUGGUGUGAUAUUUGUCACUUCUCAAGAGGAGGUCUUACCGUAUUCCUUCACCUUAACACAAUGUUGCUCCAACAAUGUUGCGGAAUAUCAAGCACUCAUACUUGGGCUUGAAAUGGCUGUUGAUAUGAAGCAGUUACAAUUACAAGUCUUUGGAGAUUCUGAAUUGGUAAUCAAUCAAUUGUUGGGUACCUACGAGGUCAAAAAGCCAGAAUUGCGUCCCUAUCAUCACUAUGCACAAAAAUUAAUUGGGUGGCUCGGCAACGUAACUCUCCAGCACGUGCCAAGAAAGGAAAAUAAGAAGGCUGAUGCUUUGGCUGCUUUGGCUUCAACAUUGACUUUGCCUGACCAAGCGCAAAUCACUAUCUGCCAGAAAUGGAUAGUACCGCCGGAGGACGAUGAGGAUGAAGAAAGCAAACUCGAGCUUCUUGUGGCCGUUUCUGAAGCUGAGAAAGUCGAUUGGCGACAAACCAUGAUCGAUUACUUGUGUUAUAGCAUUCUUCCAGAAGAUCCAAAAAGAAAGACCGAAAUUCGUCGUCGUGCCCCUCGCUUCCUUUACUACAAAGAUACUUUGUAUCGUAGAUCGUUCGAGGGAGUUCUCUUGCGUUGUCUGGGGGAAGAAGAAGCAACUCAAGCUAUGCAAGAAGCACACUCUGGAGUUUGUGGAUCACAUCAAUCUGGGCCAAAACUACACUUUCAUAUAAAAAGGAUGGGGUAUUAUUGGCCAACAAUGGUGAAAGAUUGUUUGGACUAUGCGCGAAGUUGCAAAGCAUGCCAAUUUCAUGCAAAUUUUAUACACCAACCUCCUGAGCUAUUACAUCCAACUGUUGCAUCUUGGCCAUUUGACGCUUGGGGGCUAGACGUGGUUGGACCGCUACCAAAAUCUUCUGGUGGCCACUUGUACAUCUUAGCUGCAACGGAUUACUUCUCAAAAUGGGCUGAGGCUGUCGCCCUCAAAGAAGUAAAAAAGGAGAAUGUGGCAAACUUCAUUCGAGUAAACAUCAUCUAUCGUUUUGGCAUUCCUAGUUAUAUCAUAACAGAUAAUGGCAAACCGUUCUCCAACAAAUUGAUGACUAAGAUUUGCGAGCUUUUUGGCUUCAAGCAACGAAACUCGUCUAUGUAUUAUAUGCUGCCGCAAAUGGACUAG